AUGGAGCCAGCUAUCGUAACUGCCGCCGCUUACGGUGUCGAAACAGCCGUUGAGGGAGGAGUCGCGGCAUAUUAUCUGUCGAAAUCAACAUUACCUUUAAAAGGACAUCUCGAACAUGUGACGACCACGGAUAGAUUACUGCGAUAUGGACAUACUUUAUCGGUGAUUAGUGAUAGGGCAUACGUUUUUGGUGGUUCUGAGGAUCUCAAUGCUCAAUCCUUGACAAAUGAUGUCCUUGAGCUUCACGUCUCAACUGAUGAGAAUACCACGACUGCAGUUUUGCGAUCCAUUCCAGCAGUCGGAGAUGGAGAACAGAAUACAGCAUCUGUACCUUUAGCUCGCACAUAUCAUUCAGCAACCGUUGCUCGAAAUCGUUUCUUCGUUUUUGGCGGGAGUGAAAAGCCUUCUGAUAGUCCGAAGCCUUUGGAAGAAAAUGGUCGAUUAUGGGUAUUCGACCUAUUAUCUUCAAAAUGGACAUUUCUGGAUCCUCCCCCAGACACCACAUUUCCAUUUGCGCGAACGAAACAUGUCAGCACAUCGAGUCCUGACGGCUCUGUCAUUUUCGUUUAUGGAGGAUUAUCGUCUGAUCAAGUGCGUUUGAAUGAUUUGUGGGCAUUUUAUCUGGAUGAAGGGAAGUGGAGCAGGCUACCAGAUCCUCCAGGGUCACCAACAUCUGGAAUCAAUCUCACCUGCGGACAAGGAAAAUUAUGGAGAUUGGGGUACAGUGUCGAUUCGGAGAAAUCUACAGGCUCGAUUCCUCGUGGACAAAUCGACUUCCUGGAAUAUCCUACCGGUGGAACUCUGGAUGAUGUGAGUAAGGACUUGGCUCAAGGUCACAUGAACGAUCUUAAGAGUAAUAUUCAAUGGGAGACAAUGGAAUUCGAUACGAGCAAACCAUCUGAGGUUCCAUUACCUCGCGAAUCUGCGGCUUUGCAUUUCAUUACUAUCGGAAACGGUAGGGAUUAUUUAUUGUUGGCUUUGGGCUCUGAUGACAAGGAAGAAUUCUCGGAUAUUUGGAUCUAUCAACUUCCACCAGCGCAAUAUUCGGGCGCAAAGGUGAAAGAUGUCGUGCGAGAAAAACUGCCGGGUGUAGAUAGCCAUAGAGGAGAAUGGUCUCGUCUCCAAAUCAGCGGAAUAGAGGUGGGGGCAGAUGAAGAGAAAGGUGGAGCUUGGACUAGUAGACGAUACUUUGGUAGCUCGAUGACGGGCACGAAACAACUCAUGAUUUGGGGAGGACUUGGCUCUAGGAAUGAGACGCUUGGUGAUGGGUGGAGGAUUAUCAUUGAUUAG